UCCAUCACCCAGCCCCCCAACACAGACUCUACAUUCAGCAGAGGAAACGGAAAAGACGAAACAUACAAGAAAGUUUUUCAUUUCAAAACCCCGGGGCUGUGGAAAGAACAGAGAGUUCCUUUUUUUUAAAACCUUAACUUGUCCACUUUUGGCUUCAUUGUUGGACCACAAACCCGGCCUCCCACCCCUGUUAUUUCCACUUUUUUUUGCCCAUCUUUUUCCCCAGCUGUCUGCAGCUGGCAGAAAGCACCCGCCCUGUCCGGGAAAAGGGGACCGAGAGUGACCGGAGGAGGAGAGAGAUGCCACCCCAAUCUCCCCAGCCGCAGGUGAGGGAGAAUAUCCUGAAGUUCCUCAAGAGUUUUUUGGGAAUCAUCCGGAUCCUGCAGAUUGUGUUCGGUGCCGGGCUGUGGGUCACCAUCGCCGCCAACAAAUACGAAGGAUCCAGCCACUUCGUCCUGUUCGUCGCAGUCCUCUUCUGGCUCCUCACCCUCGAUCUUUUCUUCCUCACCCUCCUGGACAAGCAGGACCUCGUCCCGUUCCUGGGAGGGGAGCGCUGGUUGCCCACCAACCUGGCGCAUGACGUGGCCGCCGCCGUGCUCUACCUGCCGGCCAUAGGUAUCAUGAUCUACAAGACGGGUCGCAACUCUUUCUGCACCCUGGAGCAGUACAAGCACUCCUGUCCGUACAAGGUCUACCUGACGGCCGCCGUGUUCGCCUGCCUGUGCUGCCUGGUUUACCUCCUGUCGGUUAUUUAUGGGGCUUACAGGAAGUGUCGAGGAGAACGAACGGUCUUCUGAUGAGACUGAGAUUGUGGGAGGGUGGGGUGGUGAUGGCAACAGGGAGACAGGAGGAUAUGGGGGGGUCUUUGAGGGUGGGUAUCCACAGCAAGAUGAGGAAUAGUUAACUUCACUGUAAUUUAACUCAACAGCUACUCUAAUCACAGAUUUAUCUGCAUUGUCUCCCCAGAAUCAUCCCAAAUCACUCCAAGUGUGUUUAACAUGAAAACACCCUGAAACAGAGGCCAGGGUGGGAAUCUGAUUGGAAAUAUGUAGGGAGGGCGAAGUAUUGUAACCCUUUAUGAAGGUACAAGUCUCUUAAGUUUGCUUCACAGUAAUUUAAAUGCAGUUUCUCCUCAUAAAGAAUCAUUAUAAUAUUCCUGUGUGGACUUAUUAUAGUGUGCUAGCAGUGUAUUCAGUGUUACGUGGCCUUAACAUGUGUUUUGUAGAUUUGUGUUGAUACUGGUAACCAUCCAUCUACAAGCCAGAUGCCAAAAAUGUUGAUGGGACGCUGUGUAAAUGAAAACAGGAUGCAGUGAUUUGCAAAUCCCUUUUGACCUAUAUUCAAUUGAGUACAGCACAAAGGCAAGAUAUUUAAUGUUCAAACAGAUAAACGUUAUAGUUUUUUGUAAAUAUACACUCAUUUUCAAUUUGAUGCUUUCUGUUUGUGUUUACAGUUCACACAGCGUCAUAACUUCUUUUCUUUUUAGAAUCAGGGUUGUAAAACGUCUCAUAGGAUCGCCACAGUUUUUUUCUCAAGGGAUUCUUUUCGUUGCCUUUUUUUUCUUCUAAAGUAUAUAUUUUUAUGUGUUUUUGUACGGCUAUACUGAGCAGUUACUGAAGCGUGACGGACUAAAACACUCUUUUACCAGUUUUUUUGUUUUGUCUGACUCACAAAACAUUUUUUUUCUUUCUUUUUCAUCAGUGCCUUCUGUCCAAAUGUUGUACACUGAACAAACAGCAACACAUACAACACAAUAUGGAUGUGAUUGGUGCUACAAGUGUUCAUUAUGUAAAAGCCAAAGAGUAAAAAGCGAACAAAUAAAGAGCAGUAAGUGAGA